CGGUCUGUUUUCUGUAGUUUCUGCUUUCGAUUAAGUUUCAGUGAAGAUCAGCUGACAGCAGAGGCAGCGCACGUGACGAUCGGGACCAGCAGCUGUUUACCUGACCAGAGGAAAUACCCAAGAAAUAUCGCUCUUUGACGCUAAAAUGUCUCCGUAGCUCACAUUUAACCCGUUAAUCCGGACUGUGAGGCUCACCGUGUGAGGAUGUUGGAGGCGGACCGGCGGCUGCAGACCGGAUCCACUGAGGUGGCUGUGAUCCCGGAGAACCAGCACUGUGGCGAUGUAGCGGACAUCCAGAAAGCUGAGCUGGCUCCCGGAGGCUCCCUGCUCGGAUGUCUCGGGGUCCGGGGACAGCUGGUGGUGUGGGACCCGGCGGACAGAGAGGCUUCUCCGGCUGCAGUGGAGGGCACCUACCGAGAUUUUUCCUGGGAGGAGGUGUCGGUCCGCUCUCGGGGGGUCAGCAGCUCCAGGCUGCUGGCUGUGGGAUCUCACGGUGACCUGAAGCUGCUGGAGGUCAAGGCCGAACGGUCGGCCUUCAUCUCCGUGCUCUGUGCGUGUGAAUGUCCCGCAGGCCGCCUGCUGCAGACCAUCAGAGACCAGGACCACACUGUGAGCGAGCUGCAGGUGGUGCAGGUGUUGUCCUUUGUGGCUGGUCGCUGCUGCGUUCUGCUGAACUCCGAUUGGCUGCUGCAGCUACAGUGGCAGGGGGAGGAGGAGCCUCAGACGUCAUCCUGCUGCGGCGUCCAGCUGACCGACAGCGACCGACACUCUGCUGUCCAUCACUGUGUCUCCAUGGAAACCCUGUUUGCUCUCAGCUCCACCGGACUCAUAUCUGUGUAUAGCAUCUCUGAUGGCACUCUACUGGCUAGCGUUAACCUGCCCGCCUACCUGAGCUCUGGCCCUGCAGAGGACGAGUUCACCUGCUCCUCUCCCUCCUCCCCCACCCCCUCCUUCUGCCUCCUCCAGGUGUCAGCUGAUCUCAGCACAGCCGUGGCCAUCACUCAGUCCCACACCGCCAUCGCUAUCGACCUCAACCACUACUUCAGGAUGUUUCCAGACCACCUGCUAUGUGCCGGCCCCCAGCCACGCCCCCCCCUUCAGCCGCAGCACCCCAGAGACCAGGACAGUCUGUCCAGCUCCAGCUUCAGUCUCACUGCCCUGGGCGGGGCCUUCAGCGCUGACCGCUCCUGGGAAGGUCGUCUGACCUCCAUGUACAGCAGAGCACAACAGGCCACUGCUCCUUCCUCCUCCUCUUCAUCUCGGCCUCCCAGGACCACCUGGUUCUCCUCGCUCCCCCACCUGGACUCCCACCUGGCUCCAUCCUCGGCCCACAGCAGAGUGCCUCCGGGUGGGCUGACCGUUUCUUUCGCCGUCCCCGAAUCGUCCGCUCCGUCUCAGCUCACCGUCUCCGAGUUCUCCGCUCUGCUGACCUUCAUCAGCCCGGGCAACAGACAGACCACAGUGGCCUUGUGGGAGAUGGAGCACGGGAACGUGAGCUACCACCAGGCGGAGGGCGAGGCGGCUCCAGUUCAGUGCUGUGGAGAGAGGCAGCAUCGCCUGCUGCUGAAGAAGGCCGGUGUGUUCCAGGUCCUGUUCUCCGUGUCGCAGCAGGACCUGCUCAGCAGGUUGAUGCUGUUCGGUAGCGCAGCGACAGUGGACGCAGUCUGUCACCUGAACAGCUGGGGGCGCUGCUCCAUCCCCAUCCACGCCCUGCAGACUGGGCUGAAGAACCGUCAGCUGGACACGGUCGAUUUCUACCUGAAGAGCAAAGAAAAUGUCCUGAACCCUCCGGCAGCAGCGCUCAGCUGUGCCGAUCAGCCAGCAGCCUCCACACUGAGCCUCACGCACAGUGUGCAGGAGCUGCGUCCCGCCUUAGACCUGCUGUGUUCAGCCGUCAGAGACUCGAACAGCGAAGCUCAGAGCCGACAGUUCUCUGAACAGCUGCUCAACAUCACCCUGAGCUUCGUGAACACGCAGAUCCGCUCCGUGCUGUCCAGCAAACACCACCAGGACUCAGGUGUGCAGAACUGCAUAAAGGUUCUGGAUCAGUACGUCACCGAGCUGAGGAGCUACAUGAAGAGAUUCCCCUGGUCUGCAGGGCCCGACACGUCCACUUCCAAAGCUGCUGCUGCUCCAGCUGAGGACGAGGCUCAGCGGGAUGAGUGGGAGCAGCUGUCAACAGAGGAAGUGGUCCAUCAGUCCAUCCUUACCAAUCAGAUCUCCAGAGCUCAGGCGGUCCUGCGGAGGCGGAACCGGCCUGAAAGUCGCCUGUCGGCUCUGAGGAAGGAGGGUCUGCGUCAGGUGUUCUCCUGCCUGCAGCGCCGAGACCUGCAGACCGCCAACACGCUGCUCACCAACAUGGGUUUCAGUGUGAAGCAGCAGCUCCACAGUAUCUGCCUCCACACAGAUGACAAGGAGCUCCGGGAGUUAAUGGUGGAGGAGCUGUCCAGCCGGCGUAACUUCCCAGAGGAGGAGAUGCAGAGUGUUCUGUUCAUCCGGCAGAUGGAGAAGCUGGGAUCGCAGCCGGCCGUCCGCUGCACAGGAAGCACCUCGUGUCAAAGGAUUGUUCAGAUGGUUCGUAAGGAGGGGGACGGUGAGGAGGUUCUGAAGGAGCUGCAGGGACAGAGGAGACCUCAGGAAGAGGAGGGGGGACUCUGGAGGAUACUGAGACUGGACUGGGUGAGGAACUGGGACCAGAGCUGCAGGACAGCCAUCCUCCUGUCCAGACUCCAGCACACAGAGCUGAGCUCCUGCGACUCUUCAGUGUUGUGGCGUUAUCUGACCGCCCUGCACGACCAGCGCCGAGUGGUUGACUGGAUCCAGAAUACGGGGGCCUCUGGCGCUCCCCGGUGGCCGGACUUCACCCCAGAACUGGUGGACAACAGCACGGCCUGCAGCAGCUACAUGAGGGAGAGCAUCCUGGACCUGCUGGCUAGGAGAGGUGUGUUCGUCCCGGAGGAGCUGGCAGACCUGGAGCAGCUGCUGUGGAGGUUGGCUCAGGGUGGAGGCCUGAUGGCUUCAUCUCCUCCCAUCCCUCAGUACCGCUCCCCCCUCGGGCUCGACCUCCACAGCGUCUUUAUCACCUUCUGUCUGGAGCACAACCUUCAGUACCUGCUGUACACCUACCUGGAGCACUACAGACUGACCCCCAGAAACUGCCCCCUCCUGAGCAGUCAGAGCCUCUCUGAGAGUCAGCCCUGGUUUGAGAUGCUGGUGAGGAUCCAGGAGAUCACCAGAGAUUUGUCAGACCCAGGACUGCUCUUCCAGGCCAGUUUAACCAGUGCUCAGGUGUUAUUACCUGGCAGCCAGGCGUCUCUCAGCAGUCUGCUGUUAGAGGGACACAGUCUGCUCACUCUGGCCGCCAUCAUGUUUUCCCCCGGAGGAAUCGACCAGGUGAUGGCUCAGGGUGAAAGGUCAGGCAGGUCGGAGAGGACGGUCGACCCUCAGCUGCUGAAGAUGGCACUGGCCCCCCAUCCCAAACUGAGGGCUGCCCUGUUCCCCGCCGGACCCCGAGGAAACGGCCCGCCCUCCGACAUCUCCGUGUACCACCUCCUGCAGUCCCUCCACCCGCUGGACCCUUCCAGGCUGUUUGGCUGGCAGGCAGCAAACACCCUCAACUCCACCGAAACGUCAGAGCUGCCUCAUUUCUCCAGCCCUCACCUGGUCCAGAAGUUCGCUCUGAAAGAGAACCUGGACUAUCUCUACUACCUCCAUCAUGGCCGACCAUCUUUCGCGUACGCCACCUUCCUCGUCCAGCAGCUGAGCGGCAGCAGUGACGUCAAGUUGACGGUGCAGGAGGCCUCACUGCGCGCGUCCAGAUUGGCUCUGCAGUGUUUCAACGUGCCGGCGGUGGCGUCGGCUGCCGUUUGCUUCUGUGAGCUGCUGGGAGUCUCCAGCCUCAAGCUGAGGGUCGACAUCAGAGCUAUGAAUGCAGUCCUGCAGCACUGGAACCAACACAACACACACGGCACUCCAACACAGCAUCUGCACACUCUGGUGUCUAAAGGUGUAAAGCUGGUGGGGACGGAGUCUGGAGCCGCAGAGGAGCUGAUUGGUUACCUGGAAGUUGCAGUGACAGACAGUCUGGAGCAGAGAGGCGUCAUCAGGUCGUCGUACGAGGCGGCUCAGGAGUGGGCACUGCCCGUUCAGUUCUGUCAGCUCCACAAUCUGCAGCUGAGCUCUGUUUACCCCACCCACUGCGCCCACGAUGGACAGUUCAUCCACUUCCUGUUAUUCGUCCAACUGCACAGCUUCCCACCUCAGCAGGUGAGGCUGCUGGUGGCUCAGUUUGGCCCCACCCUGCAGGCCCACCUCAGCUUGGCGUUUCAGGACCUGCAGGUUUACAGUAAGCAGAGGAGCUGCGACUCUGACGAGCAGCAUUCAGUCCUGAGAACUGAGGGGGCAACCUCUGGGAGCCCGGAGCACCCCGGGGAGAUGUUCCAGGUCCUCCUGCAGAGCCAGGAGGAGCCGGCGCCCUGCAGGUACCUGCUGCAGGAGGCGCUGGUGCAGCGCUGCCCAACGCUGGCGGUACUGGCUGCCUGUGUGCAGGGAGCAGAGCUGCUGCCGUGCCUUUGUGUGUGGGUGCUGACCUCUGUCGAUGAUGUCACCAUCAAGGAAGCCACCUCCCACCUGGUUCAAGCCCCCCAGCAUCACGAAUGGACCCUGCAUGACCUGUCAAUCAUCUGGAGGACGCUGCUGGGCCGGGGCCACGUCAGGCCCCUCCUGCGAGGCUUCGAGCUCUUCCAGAGGGACUGUCCUCUGGUGUUGGUGCUCAGGAUGUUUGAGCUGUGCUGCGACUUCAGGAACUUCACCGAGGCCAAAUCGAAGCUGCUGGACUUCCAGCGGACGCUCGUCACCCUGAGAACCAGCGGGCCGGCAGCCCCGGGCGGCCUCCCCCUGCAGUGGGUGGAGAGCCAGGCGUCAGUGCUACUCUUCACGAUGCUGAAGCGCUGCUCCACCCAGUACGACCUCCACCGGCUGUUGCAGCUCCUCGCCGACGUUGACAAACUCCUCAAAUCCAACGGUCCAGAUUUCAGGAAGCUGAGCCAGCUGAGUCAGUUGCUUCAAGGGUCAGAGGUCAACCUGUCUCCCAGGCUUCUGCAGAGCAGUUCUCCCUCCGUCCAGCAGGAGGAGUUCCAGGCCACCGUGGACGCUCUGCAAGCAAGGGGGCAUUACGGCCAGGCCAGGCAGGUCGCCCUGCUGGCCGGCCUGCCCGUCCAUCGUCUGCUGCUCAGCCAGCUUCUUCAGGAAGUGAACACUCAGAAGUCCAAGCGACAGUGGGCCAGGCUGGAGACCCGGGUCAGCUUCUGGAAGAAAUGUCACGAGCAGCUGAAGGCCGACAGCACCGAUCCAGAAUCUGCCUCCCAGUUCUUCCUGUCACAGGCUCAGACUGACACUUCAGACCCUCCAGAGGCUCAGGAGGACCUGCUGGACGUCCAGGAGCGCUGCCUGCUGCUCGGGCUCGCCGCUCACUGGCUCUCCCAGCUCAGCCCGGCUCCAGUGGACAAACUGGAGAGCCUGGAGAAAGAGCAGUGGCUCAGCCGGGUCCGUAAACACAUCCUUACCAUUGCCAUGGAGAAGGAGAGCGUCUUUAACCUGCCGCCGCCGGCCGUCACACCUGAAAUGAACACGUACGAGGUGCUCAUGAAGGAGGUGUCCUUCUCCAACAUAACAGAGCUGAAUACAGAGAGCUGCCUCAGUCUGGACGGACUCCCAGGUCCCUCUGAGGAGCAGGACGAGCUGAAUACCGAGUCAGCAUUGAGUCCAGAGGAGAAGAGCGUGCUGGCCACUCUGAUUGGUCAGCUAUUAGAUGACGGCAGUAUCCAUGAAGCCAGUCGCAUUUGCCGUUAUUUCUCCCUGUACCACCCGGACAUGUGGGUGGUGCUGCGCUGCCAAGCCCUGGCAUCCGGAGACCUGAACGACGAACCCCAGGAGGAGGCCUCGGAAGCUCCGGCGAGGACGAGCAUCACGAGCUCUCCCUCCGUCAGCAGCCUGUCCUCCUUUGUGAUGCUCCCUCUCCCUGAAGACGAGGUCACUGUCCAGCUCCAGAAACUGGUGGAUCAGUGUCGCCAUGGCAACAACUACUGCAAACAAGUCCUCAGUCUCUACCAGCUCUCCAAGGAGCUGCAGUGCUCCUUCAGCAGCAUCUGCAUGGAGGAACCCUGCACGGUGCUGGAGAAGCUGCUGCUGUCCGAGCAGCCGGAGCGCUUCAGGAAAGCUCGGACCUUCAUCAAAGCUCAGGGUCUCCCUGCGGACGCUGUCGCUGAGCUCAUCUCCUCCGCUGUGGUUCAGGCGCUGCUGGCCUCCACGCAGGAGCUGCAGCACGUGAUGGAGAAGCACAUAUACAGGCCACUGGAGGGCAGGGACGCGCUGGUGCAACUGAUCAAACUGUGUGACGACCCGAACAUGGUGGGACUCAAACUGCUGGAAAACCUCAACACUGUUCCACUGAGAGACCUGAACUGCAUCGUAGAGCUGCUGAUCGUGGCUCACAGCUGUUUCAGUCUCACCUGCAACAUGGAGGGGAUCGUGAGAGUGCUCCAAGCCGCCCGUCACCUCAGCCACACCUACCUGGCUCCAGGAGAGCACUACAGCCUGCUGGUGCGUCUGCUGACAGGGAUCGGCAGGUACAACGAGAUGACGUACAUCUUCGACCUGCUGCAUCAGAACCACUGCUUCGAGAUGCUGCUGAGGAAGAAGAUGGACACAGACAGAGGACAGAGCUCCAGCCUGAAGUCGGCUCUGCUGGAUUACAUAAAGCGCUGCCUUCCCGCAGACAGCGAGAAAUACAACAUGGUGGCGCUGUGCUUCAGCAUGAGGAGGGAGAUCGGUGAAAACCACGAAAUGGCAGCCAGGACGCAGCUGAAGAUGAUCGAGUCUCAGGCCUGGGUCGUCACUCCGGAGCUGAAGAGUUCCUUGGUCAAAGUGUUGGGACUGCUGAAGGAUGCUGCAGAGAGCUUCUCAAAGGAUUCGUGCGUGCGUCAGGCGACUCGUUGCGUUCGGACAGCUAAGCUGGUUGCUCUUCAGCUCCACUUCCUGAACCAGGGAUCAGAUCUGCGCAUCAUCAACCUGCGACCUGCAGAGCUGCUGAACGCCGUCACGACUCUGCCGCGAUGCUACCAGGUGUUCGUGGUGUCGGAGGCGUACAGCUACAGUCCAGACUGGGCUGAGAUUCUGUACCAGAAGGUGAUCCUGAACGGAGACUUUGGUUACCUGGAGGAGCUCAGACGCCACCGCCCGCUCACCUCCACCCUGUUUGAGGACAUUUUCAAAAAGCUGGACGGCGCUCCCAGCAGCGUGACCUCCAAUGUGAAGCGCCUGCUGUCUUACUGUGAUGAUGUGUACAGCCGCUACAGGCUGGCAUACCAGCAGAAUCUGCACGACGUCACCAAGAUGCUGCUGCAGGACACCAAGACCUCCAGCUACCUGAACGACAGGCUGGGCAGCUGAUCGGUUACCUGACCGCACGGUCUUCAUGAUCAGUAUCCUCCGAUGACAGGAAACACUGUGAACGUACAAAACUUGUUUAUAUCAUGGAAAAAAGACCUCGUGUCUUUCUAACCUGAUGGAUGUUUUUUUUUUUUUUUUCUUCACUGGGUGAGCAGGAUUUAUGUUUGAUGUGACCAACAGUUUUCAGCCUCAUAAACUGCAGUUUAAAAGCUUAUCAGUGGACAAAUAAGCACAAAAUCUUCAUAAAAUCAUGAACAUUUAUAUUAAAAAUGCUCUUUAAACCA